AUGAAGGUUGUGGAUAAUAUAGUCCAAGAAAUGGGCUGUGGGGAACAGUGUGAAGUGACUCUUACAUCUGACUACACCUUCACAGAUUUGGAGAAGACAUUUUUGAAAAUCGAUGAUGCAUGUUUCCACAAAAUAUUGUUUAACAUAUAUCUCCAAGAUGUCAAAAAGCUUGCAGAGUUUUGGCAAAUGUCUGAAAGUGAAAAGUUUAUUGUUGCUGAUGUGAUGAAAUAUCGUGGUAAUAAACUUCUGAAUACUGGAUUGUUGGUUCGUGCAUUCAAUUGCUACAAAAAAGCUAUUAGAAUCCUAGAGGGAAGCAUCAGUGUGACUGACCGUAACUACACCGAUCCAACGAUGCCAGAUUAUCAGUUGUCAAAACCUAGCCCACGUCAUUUAUUGGCUAUUUGCCUAUCGAACGCAGCCCACUGCCUGUAUAAAUUUGGGACAACAUGCACUGUCAAUCCAAAGAAGUCUCGAUUCGAUUACCUUUCUGCAUGUAUCAAAUGCUGUGAGCGAGCAGUCAGUCUUGAACCAAACUAUAUAAAGGCUUGGUUCCGUAUAGCCAAAGUUCAUGCUUUAUUAGGGAACUAUGAAGAAGCGCUUACAACUGGACAAAAGUGUCUUACAUCUAUCGAUAAAAACACAUAUGACUCUAAAUGGAUUAGCGUCGAUGAACGCACAAAAGUGGAUAUCAGCAACAAGCUCAAGAAACUGCUAUCAGAAUGGCGCGCUUCAUUAGAUAGUGAAGAGAAAAUCGAAAGAUCGAUUAUUCGGGACCGAACAAUUAAAAAGUACUCAUCUUAUGGAGAUUGGUGCUAUGAUGAACUGGAUGAAAUAGAAAAAUUGCCUAUUUCAGUAUGGUCGAAUGAUCUAGCAGAGAAUAUGAUGUCUCUUCAUGAAGAGCUUGAAGCGUUUGGAGAGAAAAUGCCUGAAUUUGAGGCUUGCCGAACAAGGGGUAAAGGUCGAUUAACAACAAUUCACGAUGAAGACACCGAUGAAGACAGUUUCCAAGAAAAUGUGGCUUAA